AAGGCUCCAAGGACCCUCGCACGCUGCUCGAGAAGAGAUCCCAAAAGGGCUCGCGCUGGGCGGUCUUGCGGCGCAUCGUACUGCUCGCGGGGACCUUCGCGCUGGCGAAAGUGUUCGUGAGCCCGCUGGUGGCAAAGCACGUGUUCUCUUCGACGCAGAAUGUGCACACUGCACCGGAAGACCCAGAGCUCGUUUGGAACAGUGUGCCGCCCAGCAGCGUGGAUUCGUUGGUGUGGAUGCCAUGCUACAAUCAGUCGCAAUGUGCACGAAUGAUGGUGCCGUUGGACUACGCUGUACCAAAUGGCCUACAGGCCGUGAUCUCACUCGUCAAGGUCCCGUCCAAGUUCUCCCCGGGCGACAAGAACUACAGAGGCCCGAUCCUCUUCAAACCUGGCGGGCCCGGCGGCUCGGGCGUCGGCUUCGUUGCAGGGUCGGGUGCCACCUUCCAGAAGCUCAUCGGCGACGAGUUCGACAUCGUCGGCUUCGACCCGCGUGGCGUCUCGCGCACGACGCCCCCAGUCGUCGUCUUCAAGGAUCAGGCCGAGGAUGCGACGUGGCGCCUACGCGAGCUGGAGGACCCCGUGCCGAACACGACGGCCGACGCCGUGCCACGUUUGUGGGCCAAGGCCCAGGUGUUCGGGAUGCUGGUGAACCAGACGGCCCAAGGGUCUGCGCCGUACGUUGGCACGGCGCUGGUCGCGAGGGACAUGCUGAAUAUCAUGCGGGCGCAUGGGUUUGACAAGAUUCAGUACUGGGGUUUUUCGUAUGGAACUGUGCUUGGAGCAACAUUUGCUGCCAUGUUCCCAGAUCACGUAGGACGACUGAUCAUUGACGGUGUUGUCGACUCCGAGAAUUACUACUCUGGACUGUGGUCCAAUAACUUGCUCGACACGGACCUGGCCUUACACACAGUCCUCGAUGCCUGCGUCGCCGCCGGCCCCCUCAGCUGCGCACUCUACGAAUCCACCACAGAAAAGGUGCACGACCGCCUCACAGCCAUCUUCGACAACCUCAAGAAACAACCUCUGCCGGUGUACAGCAACGAGACGCGCAUAGAGUACGGCCUUGUCGACUACAAGUUUGCGCGGCUCGCGCUCUUCGGCCAGCUCUACUCGCCGUACGGCCGCGCGACCUUGUACCCGAGCAUGCUCGUCCUGAACGCGCUCGCGCAGCUCGAGAAGGGCGACGGACUGCCGCUCGGGCGCCUGCUUGGGAUUGUGCCCGUGCGCGCGCCGUUCACAUGCGAGUGUCCCGGCGACCCGCGUCCGCCGGUCGUCGCCACGCCCGGCGCACUCGCCGCAAUCGUGUGCGCGGACGCCGAUCCCGCACGCGCUGUCGACACGGUCGAGGACCUUGAGGAGCACUUCGUGCGGAUGCGCGAGCACUCGGAGUUCGCGGACCAGUGGCCGCUGCGGGUGCUCUGCACCGGGUGGAAGGUGAAGCCUGUAGAGCGAUUUGCGGGACCAUUCAUCGGGAACACGUCCUUCCCGAUGCUCCUCAUCGGUAACACUGCCGAUCCCGUGACACCCCUGGCACAUGCGCAGAAGAUGUCCCGAGGGUUUAACAACUCUGUUGUUCUGCAUCAAGACUCUGCGGGACAUUGCACGUUUGCAGCGACGUCGAUCUGCACUGCUAAGGUCAUCCGUGAGUACUUCAGAGAGGGCAAGCUUCCAAAGAACGGUACUGUCUGUCCCGUCGAGAGCAGCAUCUUCCCCAGCGACAAUGAAAUCAGGAGCGUACAGGCUCUUGAGGGCGAGGACCGGGAGGUGAUGGAGGCAUGGAGGAAGAUUAGAGAGUCGUUUGACGUCCCGAAGCUCGGUCUAGCUUUCUGAACCCUAUCAUGGUCAUUGAACCCGGGAUCAUCAUGGGAAGAAUGAAAAGAGGAAAAUCGCUCGUUUGCCCGCGAUGUCGGUCGGGAGGCGCUCACUGUAAUCAAUGCAAGCGAGUCAAGAAAAGUGGAUUACUACUAUCCGCUUAUCUUAAUUACUGGACUGGCUUACCC